AAUAAAAUACAUAAAAAAAUUAAUUUCAUAAUUCUAGCAAUCCUGGUAAUAUGGUCGUUGGCAACAUUGAGCAUGGGGUGCGACUAUUGCCCAGACUCUGAUCUAUUUGCACCAUGCACGUGCUAUCAAGACGUUAUCACUUGCAUUAACACCGCCGACGAUUUGGACCUUGAUGAAAAAUUCACUCAACUGGCAAACGGGGCGCCCAAAGGCCUGUACAACACGUUCAUAUUGGAGGACAACUACAUAACCUCAUUGCCCGCAUCAUUGUUUCACGGCAUUAGGUUUAAACACAUUAUACUCAACGGGUGUUCAAAGUUGUCGUGCGUUAAUCCCAACGCUUUCAAUGGACUCGGAGAUGAUAUCCAGACAUUUACGUCCGAUAUAAGCGACUUUAGUGCACCAAAAAAUCAGACUUGCGAUCUGUUUGGGGCGUUGAGUACAUUGAAAAAUGUGGUCUCCAUUAAAAUCACGGGCAGUAAUGUACCGGAAAUUCCCGACAAUGCCUUUAGUCAACCGCUGGGUCCGCUUAAAUACCUCGAGCAGAUUGACUUUGGUGGCAGUCGGACACCGGGAAAAUUGACCAAGAUCGGACACAACGCAUUCUCAACACUCAACAAUUUACAGCUCGUGGAUCUUUCACGACAAGCGAUAGCAUCGAUAGGCGCGGAGGCCUUCGCGAUGAGCACCCGGUCUAACGACGUGCUGGAAAUAAACCUGGAGAUGAACCGCCUGUCAGGGCCCGGGUUUGGCCAACGGGUGUUUCCCCUCAACCGACCCGUUACUGUCCAUCUGAACGGUAACAUGAAUUUAACGCAAUUACCGGAAACCGCUUUUUAUGACAUGUUGGCCGCCGGCGGACACGACCGCAAUCGGGUCUACAUUACCGGCCCUCAGAUGGAGAUCGACCGCAACAACCUAUGGUUAGUCCAAAACAAGGUUCAGUUGGAUCUGAAAAAUAAGCUGUUUGGCGCGUUGGGUGCAGACGGACGGCCAUUACUUGACCACACUGUAAAACAGAUGGACAAAGACCCGGCUAACUUUACCAUCAAUGACAAUUUUUAUGAUAUGGAUUAA